ACGCCGUUUUUCGACGUCGGACUUGCUUGAUCCAAAGCUCUUUUGGGUGGAUGGAGAGUCUGAAAGCAAUAGUACGCAUGUGAAAAACCGGUCGAAAAAAGUCUGUCACAAUGAAAAUGCCACAUUCUUGGAUACUACACGAACCAAUUUACAACGCUGUCAAAAUGGCUCCUCGAUUUCCUCAUCACACGAAAAUAUUUUACAUGAAUCCGAAAUCUUCCUGUGCUCGGACGGAAGUUCACUCACAUUCUUGGAUCCUCUUAACCCACGCGACUGAAGAUCACGGCCAAAAAGUUCGAAUUUCAUCGCCAUCCUCGCACAAAUAUUCGUCCCUCGAGAAGGCCGGCCUUGUCGAAACGUUCGCCUCGAGUACGGCCUUCAACUGGGAAGAACCCCACUGGUUCGACGCCCUGGACGCCUACGUGACCCGAAUUAUCACCAAGGUCAGCACCGAGGUCAAAUGUCACAACAUCGAAACCUACCCGUACACCCUAAUGUACAUGGAAAAAAAUGAUGAUGAUCACGCCAUGGAGAAAAAGCUUCAGAGUGAGCUGGACGAGGCGGAACGAAGUCAUCCCACCCUCGAAAUUAAACCGUUAGACGUCUCCCACGGGACACAGUUUAUUUCCUCCACGUGGACCUACGCCACACCCAAGACGCACCUCCCCGUGGCCAGAAUUUUGCAAAAAAAUCCAUCCGGUGGGGUUCACCUUGCCGGAAGUGAGGCGCCCCCCGUGAGUGGCAUCCUACUCCAUGCGGACGGCUUUCUCAGCAUGCUCUAUGUUUUUAAUCGUAAAUAAAUUCCUAAGAGGAAUCUGAACACUCUACACUUCGGAGGCCCACCGGGGCCAAGGAUUCGCCAAACUGGCCAUCAAAUUAGCGGCGAAAGAAGUCCUUAAAUCCGGCCUUUUUCCCGCCUCUGCCAUCGAAGCGUGGAACACGCCUUCGCUCAAGACGCAUGCGCAGCUUGGCUUCAAAAAUGCCGGCUUGGUCCUCGCGAUUAUGUAUGAACCGAGCAAGGAAAAAUUGGCGGUGGUUAAUCAGAAAUGAUUCAUCAUAAAUAUGUAAAUGUGAU